UGACGCGACAUAGCUUUCUAAAAAACCUUUCAAAAAGUUCAGAAACUACGCGUCCUUUCCAUUUCUCAACGUAACUUUCUCGCCAUUUCCUUCUUCUCUGCAAACCCUAAUUUCUUCCUCUUUCUCUCUCUCUCCUCCGAUUUUCACUCUCCGACUCUGUGAUUUUCCUCUGAUUUCACCUCCUUCCGCUUCGAUUAUGGACCGCGAUCCUCCGCCGAACUUCUCCACCGCCGAUUCCUCCACUAAUUGGACCAGCUCUUCACUCGCCUCUGCCUCCGUCGACGCUGAUUACCUUCUCUCCGGCGAUAGAGAAACCACUAUCCUCACUGAAUUCGGAUGGAAUUUCGACUCCGAUGAAGUUCAGCCUUCUCGAUUUCUCGACUCCGACCAGAUCGCCACCGAUGACAACGCCGAUUUUGCCGGAACCUCCACCGGUAGUCUACAGAGCCCUGACGUUCCUGUUCCGCUUGCCUCCAAUCCUUCAUUGUCUUCGAGCUCGAGCGGAGAGCCGCCAGAGAAACAGCCUGAGAUUCCGCGGAAUAAGGUAAAAAAGAAGGGGCAAAAGCGAAUCCGGCAGCCACGAUUUGCAUUCAUGACCAAAAGCGAAGUGGAUCAUCUUGAAGAUGGCUACCGUUGGAGGAAAUAUGGUCAAAAGGCUGUCAAAAAUAGUCCAUUUCCCAGGAGUUAUUAUAGGUGCACCAACAGCAAAUGCACCGUGAAGAAAAGGGUAGAACGCUCGUCUGAUGAUCCAACGGUUGUGAUUACAACUUACGAAGGUCAACACUGUCAUCACACCGUUGGAUUCCCUCGUGGAGGAGGACUCAACAUGGCUCAUGAACCUGCUUUUGGGACUCAAUUUUCCCCUCAUAUGGCUCAGUUCUUUUACCCUGAACCUCACCCACCGCCCACAGUUACCCCUCCAAAUGCUCCCAAUUUGCCAUCAGUGGCACCGUCCCAAGAACAGCCUCCAAAUUCUUCACCCCAAGUGGCUUCGGAUGAGGGCUUACUAGGCGACGUUGUGGCGCCAGGCAUGCGUAGAAGAUGACCCACUAGCAGCCCAAUUUGUGGUAUGAAAUCCCUGCACUAACCUCAUCUCUAUAUAAUAUUUAACUUUUUUUUUUUUUUUUUUUUUUUUU